UCCUCACUCGUGCGGAUAAAGCGGUCGCGCGGCGACACUGACAGUCCACACUGUACAUCGACUGUACACGGACUAGUACACACUGUACAUUGACUGUACACGGACACCGUGUACGCUACUCGUGCUACAGAGCUGAGUACGGACGACCAUCACACUGUACGCGUCACUGGACAGUGCGUACUGUACGCAGCCUAACGUACUGUACACACGAGUCGGGACGCGCUGUAACAGUGUCCACGUAGGAGCUCACAAAUCCUGAUAACAACUUCAUAUAUAGAGAACCGCAGAGCUCGGUCGAUUGUUGAUGGCCGCUCCUCACCGCGCGGCUGCUCCUGGAUGCGGUUUCCACCGCGCGCCUCCGUGUCGUCUUCUCACACUCAGUGCAUGCAACUUCUUUCGCACCGUACGUAGCCAACCGUGCUAAUCUGAGGUUAGAAGGACAACAAACUAAACACAACAAGCGACGUCAUUGCUGAUUGAGACACGUUCUGGGGAAGGAGGAGCUGUCUCGUGAGGCAGCCGACAAUGAUGUGCCUUGAAGACCUGGAGGUGGAGCUGGCGUGUGUGUCGUCUGAGCUGGACAGAGUCGGGACGCAGAUCCAGGAGUUGGUGGAGCAGCAGGAGCUGCUGCUGGAGCGCAAGGCGAGCAUCCAGAACAAGAUCAGCAAACUCCAGCGCAAGCAGAGCAAAGAGCAGAGCGGCUCUGCGGACAGCGCUCGCGCUGCAGAGAAGUGGGAGCGAGAAGAUUUUUCGUGGUCAACCAAGUUGAAAUGCACCCUGCGCGAAGUGUUCAAGAUGGACAAUUUUCGAUCUCUGCAGCUGCAGGCAAUGAAUGCCAGUAUAGCCGGCCACGAUGUGUUUCUCAUCAUGCCAACAGGAGGAGGAAAAAGUCUCUGCUACCAACUGCCAGCACUGUGCUCGAAAGGAUUCACUUUGGUGAUUUCCCCACUCAUCUCGCUGAUGGAAGACCAAAUUAUGGCGCUGGAGCAACUAAAGAUCCCAGCCGCCAUGCUCAGUGCCAGUAGCACCAAGGAGCAUGUAAAGACCGUCCAAGCAGCCAUGAUUUCCAAUGACCACGAGCUGAAGCUGCUGUAUGUGACGCCGGAGAAGAUCGCCAAGAGUAAGAUAUUUAUGUCGAAGCUGGAGAAAGCUUACAAGGGCGAGCGCCUCACUCGCAUCGCCAUCGACGAGGUGCACUGUUGCAGCCAAUGGGGGAACGACUUCCGGCCCGAUUACAAGGUGCUGGGCAUUCUGAAGAGACAGUUCCCCAAGGUGCCGCUGCUGUGUCUCACCGCCACGGCCACCAGCGUGGUGCUGGACGAUGUGAAGAGCAUCCUGGCAGUGCCCGGCGCUCUCUCGUUCACCGCCUCCUUCAACCGCCCCAAUCUCCACUACCAGGUUCAUCGGAAGCCGACCAAAUUUGAAGACUGCAUGGAAAACAUGGUCAGGCUCAUUAACAAGAAAUACAAAGGCCAGUCAGGUAUCGUGUACUGUUUCUCACGAAAAGACUCCGAGGAAGUGGCAACAGCUCUCACUAGUUUGGGCGUUGGUGCUGGCUCUUACCACAGCGACAUACCAGCUGAUCGCCGCAGCAGGUUGCACCGCCACUGGACCAGCAACCGCUUGCAGGUUGUGGUGGCAACCGUGGCCUUUGGCAUGGGCAUAGACAAGCCGGAUGUGCGCUUUGUGAUCCACCACUCACUGAGCAAGUCCAUGGAGAACUACUAUCAGGAGAGCGGCCGGGCAGGGCGGGAUGGUGCCCCAGCAGACUGCGUGCUUUACUACAGCUUUCAGGACGUGUUCCGGCAAAGCCAGAUGGUGUCCAUGGAGCGCACGGGCCAGGAGAAGCUCUACGGGAUGGUGGCGUACUGUCAGACCUACAACAGGUGUCGGCGGAGUCUGAUCGCCGAGCACUUUGACGAGGUGUGGGACGCCGCGCAGUGCGACCGCAUGUGCGACCAUUGCAAAGGGGGUGUCGUGGCGGAAGAGGCGAGCGUGGUACGGCAAGCACGCGGCCUCAUCGCCAUCCUGCGGCACGCCCAGCAGAAGCAGGAGAAGCUCACGCCACUGCGGCUCCUCGAGGCCUGGCAGGGCCGGGGUGCAGUGAAGCUCCGAGUCUCGUCGGUGCCAACUCCGUCGUUCUCUCAGCAGGGCUGCGAGAUCAUCGUGCUGCAGUUGCUGAUGCUUGGCUACAUCAGGGAAGAGUACAGCUACACGCCCUACGCGACCAUCUCGUACCUGGUGGUGGGUCAAAAGGCGCGGCUACUAGACGACCCUGACCAUGCCCUCUCCCUGUGGCUUCCCAGUUCUACAAAAACUCCAGCCAAGGCGGACUCUGGUCACACCGCGAGCGGCCACAGCUAGCGGCGCGAAGAACGCGAGCGGCACAGCUAGCGGCGCGAAGAACGCGAGCAAACGCGCCUCUUCCGAGGGGAGCUGCGGCAAGCCCAAACGGAGCAAAGCCAGCGAUGUCAUCCUGCUGGAGUGAUUCUGGAUUCAGGCCACGCUAAAACUCCUACGACUGUAGCGAGAAGUCAAGUCACCCAAAUGCUACCUUUCCAGUGUCCAGGAAGGU